AUGAUUACCGACAACGACGAAAUAUUUGAAGAUAAGCCAGGUAGUGAUACAUCGAGUGUUGAAACUGCGAAAGAAUCGCCAUCAGUUUUCCGUCAUCGUAUCCCAUGGAGUGAUCGAGGAUCACUGAGCCAUGAUAUACCAGGUUUACAUGAGGUUAAAGAAUUACUUGACGAUGAUGAUGCUAGUUGCUUGGCUGAAGAAGAGGACGGUGUUGGAUGCCCACUACCUUCAACGCCUGAAGAUGACCAUCUUCUUGACUGUGAGAUGACUGAAGUUUUGAAAGCAGGCGUUCUUAGUGAUGAAAUUGAUUUAGGUGCCUUGGCUCAUAACGCUGCAGAACAAGCUGAAGAAUUUGUGCGCAAAGUCUGGGAAGCAUCUUGGAAUCAAUGUCAUUUCCGCAAUCUGCCACGGUGGCUUCAAGAUAACGAUUUUUUGCAUGCUGGUCAUCGUCCACCUUUACCGUCUUUCUAUGCUUGUUUUAAAAGUAUCUUUCGUAUUCACACAGAGACUGGAAACAUUUGGACACAUUUACUCGGUUGUGUGGCAUUCAUUGGGAUAGCAAUAUUUUUCUUAACACGGCCACCUAUGGAGAUCCACUUAGAAGAAAAAAUAGUGUUUGGUACAUUUUUUGCAGGAGCAAUAAUCUGUCUAGGCAUGUCGUUUGCUUUCCAUACUGUACAUUGCCACAGUGAAUGCGUCGGCAAAUUAUUUUCAAAACUUGAUUAUUGUGGCAUUGCUAUGCUGAUUAUGGGUAGCUUUGUGCCCUGGUUAUAUUACGGUUUUUACUGUGAUUAUCAACCAAAGCUUAUAUAUUUAUCCGUCGUUGUUGUAUUAGGUAUCACUAGUAUAGUUGUCUCUUUAUGGGAGAGAUUUGGUGAACCUAAUUACAGACCUUUAAGAGCUGGAGUUUUUAUGGGAUUCGGUCUUAGCGGUAUAAUUCCUGCUGUACAUUAUGCAAUCGCAGAAGGCUGGUUUAAAGCGAUUAGUCAAGCUUCACUUGGUUGGCUCAUUUUGAUGGGAUGUUUGUAUAUAUUAGGUGCUUUAUUCUAUGCGUUAAGAGUUCCAGAACGAUUCUUUCCAGGAAAAUUCGACAUUUGGUUUCAAAGUCAUCAAAUUUUUCAUGUACUGGUGAUAGCAGCUGCGUUCGUACACUAUCAUGGAAUCACAGAAAUGGCAAUGCAUAGGAUGACUGUAGGAGAUUGUUCGAAUCCAUCGCAAGUUUUAGCUUUUUAA